AUGUUUGCAAUGGGUCCAGAAUUCUUCCACUUUCUCAAGAAACUAGAAGAAAACGGUGACAAACUUACUACCAGUACUUCUUUUGAACAGCAGCUUGACUUUGAAUUUAAUAAUUCAACAUGUUACAUUUGUAAUGGCUACUAUGGUCCUAGUUUUGGCGAGCCCGUGUGUUCUACUUGUCAUGCAUUUCUCUUCCCUGACUUCCCAUCGUAUUUGCCCACAUCAUACUUCUGUAGUGAAAAGACUGAUGAUGGCGAUUCUGGGAACGAUGAACCUUCAGAUCUAAACUUUAGCUCUGAACGGAAAGUGAACAGAGCAUGCCCCCUACCUGCUUGGUGGUAUUACAGGAGUUCAUUAGACAGCGAAACGAGUCCUGAAGAUGAGGCUAGUCGUGCAAGUAACUCGGGAACUGGAGCAAGCAGUAGUGGCAAUGGUGGAAGUGGUAGUAACAGCUGUGGAGUGGCCAGCGCUGCUGGCAGUGCUGCUGGUAGCAACUUGAGUGUCGGACCUAGUAGUGGAGGGGUGGGAGGAACCGGACGUGGUAUUGGAGCUGGUAAUGGCAGCACAGGCAAUCCUGGGGGAGGGACUAAUCGUGGACUACCAACUGCUGCAGCAAGUGCUGGCCCUGUAAAUUUGAGUGUUGGAACUAGUAGUGGUGGGGUGGGAGGAAGUGGUCGCGGUAUUGGAGCUGGUAAUGGGAACACUGGCAAUUCUGGGGGAGGGACUAAUCGUGGAGCACCAACUGCUGCAGCAAGUGCUGGCUCUGUAAACACUGGAAGUGGACUUGGUCGAGGAUCAACCAGUGGAAGUACAGGCGGUGGAGUUGGUUCAGGGCGAGUUGCAGGCAAUAUUGGCGGAAGUGGAGUUGGAAGUGGAAGUAGUGGAUUCGGAGGCCCAAUACGCGUUCUUCCCACUGCAGUCGGAAAUGGUGGUGUAGGUGGCAACCGUGGGACAGAGAAUGCGAACGCGGGUAGUAGCGCAAGUAGUGGUGUUGUAGGAGGGGGUCACUCAGAUGGUUCUGCGGAAGAGCGUGCAGGUCUUGGACCACCACCACCUCCACCCAACCUCGCUUGUUCACUCCAAGCACUAUCUACCCCAAGACCACCAGAUAAUCUUGCUCCUGGAUUAGUAGAACAGCUGCCCUCUGAAGUAUUGCUGAGCAUAUUCAGCUAUCUGGAUGAUUUGUCGCUUUGCGCGUGCGCGUGCGUGUGCGACCGGUGGUGGCGGCUGGUGCGCGCGCGCGUGUCACCCCCGCGGUGGGCCGGCUUCACAGCGCGGCGCUUUCCGCUUUACAGACCACUGCUUGCUAACAUUGAUUGGCACAAGAAAUACCAAUCUCUGGUGGAGUCGUGCUUCUGUCGCAACUGUCUGGUGCAGAUGUGUGUGCAAGCGCAACCCGCUGGCGAAGAAAAUGCUUGGCGGCGGAACAGGCUCAGAAUUGAACUAAAGAUGCUGCGUAAUGAUCCACCAGAAGGUAUAGCGGCGACACCGCUGGAUGCAAAGUGCUGUCACUGGCAGGCGAGCGUCACCGGCCCGGUAGGCUCGCCCUACGAGGGAGGGGUCUUUUAUCUCUACAUACAGGUGCCAUAUGCGUACCCGAUGAGCCCUCCGGUGGUACGCUUCCUAACUCGUAUCCUGCAUCCCAACAUCUCUCGACACGGUGACGUGGGCAUCGACUCCGUGCACCACAACUGGUCCCUCGCACUCACCAUCAGCAAAGUGCUCAUUUCUAUUCAGAGCUUACUUACAGAUCCGUAUACCGCCGUGUGCAUGGAACCUGAACUGGGUGAAAUGUAUGUUCGUGAUCGACAGAGAUUUGAAACGCUCGCGAGGAACUGGACCUGGCGGUACGCCAUGCAUGACAUCAUGCCUCAUUGA